AUGUCCUCCAACGACGACGAAGAGCCGCAGUCGCUCAAGGCCCUCUACGCUUCCGCCGAGUCUGCGCGCUCCGCCCUCGAUACGCACCACCCCGACGCGCGCGCCCCCGCCUUUGCCACAGCCCUCGCCGCCACCCUCGCCCUGUACACGCGCUGCCGGGCGCUCGUCGCCGCCGCCUCGCUCUUCUCCCCCAACGAGACGGUCGACGACGUCGCCACGUCGGCCCUGCCAUAUCUGCUACUAGACCUGCGCCUCGCCGACCUAGUCCAGCGCACGCCGUACGAGUCGCCGCCGCAGCGCACGCUUGUGGUGCGCCGCGCGCGCGCCGCGUACGAGUCGUUUCUCGCGCUCGUCGACAGUUAUGGCCUCGUAAAGGGGCAGUACGCGAAGCUGCUGGAGCGGUACACGGAAGAGCCGGACACGUUUGCGGUGGCGACGACGGCGGCGAGUGGCGGUGGGGGAGACAUGGCGGCGAGGAGAGAGGCCAAGAUUGCGGCGUAUAAUGCGGAAAAGGAGCUGAAGCAGAAGCUGGAGACGCUGAGAAAUGACUCGCGGUAUGCGGAGAAUGGUGGUGGUGGUGGUGGUGGUGGUGGCGGCGACGAGGACGUGGUCAGGCAGGCGCACCUCGCGGCGGUCGAGUUUGGCGUGCACGCGGCGCUGCAGGGCCUCGAGUCGCUGAACCGCGAGAUGGAGAUGCUUGCCAUGGCGCCGGAGCGGCCGCCGCCGCCGCCCACUACACAAGACAAUGGCGCAGCAGACGACACCAGCACCCGCCGUCGCGACACCGAGGACGACACGACCUGGCGGCUAGACACGCCGCUGAGGCGCACCGGUGCCGGCGCCGGUGGCCCGCUGUUGUCGGCAAAGGGCAAGCCGCUGCAGCCGUUUACGCUGGUCGGCAACCGCGCGGACCUGAAAAGGGGCGUGUUCCGCGCGGGCCACAACCUGCCCACCAUGUCGAUUGACGAGUAUCUGGAGGAGGAGCGGCGCCGCGGCAACAUACUGUCAGGCGGCACGGAUCCGGAAAAGCCAGUGGUUGACGAGGAUGAUAUGGAGGCCGUGGACCGCGAGACGUACAAGGCGCGCGAGUGGGACGACUUCAAGGACGAGAACCGCCGCGGAGCGGGCAACACCAUGAACAUGGGCUGA